CUUGAGCAAAGGCUUGACAUCCAGAUAGGUAUCUUCAUACUAUGGCAAUAGAUUCUAAAAUUCCUUUCGCAUUUACUGUCCGACGAUGCAAAGGAGAGUUUGUCUCGCCGGCUAAGCCCACACCUCAUGAACGUAAGCUAUUAUCUGACAUCGACGAUCAACUAAGUCUUCGGUUUCAAAUUCCGAUUAUCCAGUUUUAUAGGUUUGAUCCCUCCAUGCAAGGGAAAGACCCAGUUAAAAUUAUCAGGGAGGCACUUGCACAAACCCUAGUCUUUUAUUAUCCGUUUGCUGGUAGACUAAAGGAAGGGACUAAUGGUAAGCUUAUAGUAGAUUGCACCGGCGAGGGUGUAAUGUUUAUAGAGGCCGAUGCUAAUGUUACACUUGAACAGUUUGGUGAUUCGCUUCAGCCUCCAUUUCCUUGCUUCGAUGAACUCCUUUAUGAUGUUCCAGGUUCUGAUGGGAUGUUAAACUGUCCAUUGUUGUUAAUACAGGUAACACGUUUAAAAUACGGAGGUUUUAUUUUUGCAAUCCGCUUUAAUCAUGUAAUAUGUGAUGGUACCGGUAUAAAACAAUUCAUGUCCGAUAUGGCCGAAAUGGCGCGAGGCGCAACCUCUUGCUCAAUCUCACCUGUUUGGGAAAGACAUCUCUUAGAUGCUGAAGACCCACCACGAGUUACAUUCAAGCACCAUGAGUACGACGAAGUGGAAGCCGCCACCACCUGCCCAUCGGACAACUUGGUUCAACGUUCCUUUUUCUUUGGCCCUGAUGAAGUUUCAGUUCUUCGUAUGCUCCUCCCUCCCCGCCUUCGACAUUGCACCAAGUUUGAACUCCUAACAGCUUGCUUAUGGCGUUGUCGAACCAUUGCUCUAAAUCUCGACACUGACGAAAAGGUUCGCAUGCUAUGCUGUGCAAACUUACGCCCUAGAUCCAAUCCCUCACUGCCAUCGGGAUACUAUGGGAAUGCCUUCGUCUUCCCAGCUACAAUGACAACAGUUGGAAAACUUGUCCGUAACCCACUAGGCUAUGCAGUGGAACUAGUGAAGCAAGUCAAAGCAAACGUGACAAUGGAAUACGCGAAGUCUGUGGCAGCUUUAAUGGUGAGUCGGGGUAAACAGCUUCUCUUUCCCAACGUUAUCGGUUCAUACAUCAUAUCGGAUUUAACGAAAAUGGGAUUCGAAGACGUGGAUUUCGGAUGGGGUAAGGCAGUGUUUGCAGGUCCAGCAAAAGCUAUUGGGGCGAUAAGCUUUUUCAUACCAACCAAGAGCAAGAAAGGAGAAGCUGGAACAUUGGUACCAAUUUGUUUGCCAGCUCCAGCCAUGGAAAGAUUUGAGAUAGAAUUGGACAAAAUGUUGAAAGGCUAUCCAAUUCAGUGCACGGAGAAGAGGAGAAUAUUUUAUUUCAAAUGCUCUGUGAAGUAGUGUUUGGUGUCGUCUUUAAGAUUGGUGUAGUGAUCUGUUCACUGGAUGUUAAACUAGUAUGUGUUGUAUUAUGAAGUUAUUAAUGCA